AUGGACUCCCACUCCCAAGAUCAGAGCGACGCCCUCACAGAAGCCCUAUCCUGCACAACCUGCACCCUCACUGACCUCACCCGCGCGACCUACCUCAAACACCUCCAAAACGGCCUCUACGACCCUCUCCAAGACCCACCCUUUACCAUCACCAACAACCCUGAGGUUCUCCCCCUCAGCUCCAGCCUCAGCCCCUUCGACGACGACGUCGCCCCAGAAACGAUCCCUCCCACUGGUACAACCCCCCAUACCCCCGCCAGCUACAGCUCACUCAUGACUCCUUCCCAGCUAACCCGCUACCACGCCCAAAUAGCCAGCUAUGUUUCGCACGACCCAGCCCACGGCGUGGACUUCGCCCGCUACCGCAUCGACUACCACAUCCACCUGCACUACCUGUGGCGGCGCGGGAUGCUAUCCCUGUGCCGGAACGCGGACGACCUGCACGAGUUUCGGGAGUGGAAGUGGAGGGUUUUCAUUGCGGCGGAGGACCCGGUUGAGGCUCGGUGUCUGCGUCCGCGAAGAUGUCGUUGUGGAGACGGGGGUGGGCCGCACGGCGGGAGCGUGUUGAGCAGGCGCGCGUGA